AUGGAUUUAUUGGGAGCAUUAUUUGGCGCACUCGGCGUGCGUGGCUCCGUCAGGAGCCGCUGCUGCUGGAAGGUUUUGGUUCUGCUCAGCGUUUUCUCUCACUGCUACCUGAGCUCCUUGUUGGACUGUCCCCUCACCUGCACCUGCUCGCCCACUGAAAUCUUCUGCAAUAAGUCUGACAACAGUCAAUCCUUCCCGCUGCUGCCAUUCCAGGGCACCGGGAAUUCUGGGAACAGUACCGGGAGCAUCGAGGACCUUUUCCAGAACAUCACCUCCAUACACAUUGAAAACUGGACUGGUCUACAGACCUUGAGGGACGUUGAUAUGGAGCUCUACACCGGCUUACAGAGGCUAACUAUUACGAGGAGCAACCUACAUACGAUUCAGACUCGCGUUUUCUCCAACAACCCCCACCUGCGCUACAUAAACCUGUCGAAGAGCCCCAUGUUGACCUCACUGUCCUGGCAGAUCUUUGAGAAUCUACAGCUCUUAGAACUGCAUUUGGAGGAUGUGAUGUUCACCUGCGGCUGUGAGAUUCGCUGGCUGCAACUAUGGCAACAGAGAGGAGAGGCAGGUCUAAGCAGCCAACAGUUAUACUGCGCUGACAGCUACAGGAAAAUACUGCUUCAGGAUAUGAACAUCAGCAGUUGUGACCUGCCAGAAAUUAGCGUCAGCCACAGCAACCUCACAGUUGUCGAAGGUGAUCAAGUAACGGCAGUCUGUAACGGCUCUGGUUCACCAUUACCUGAAGUGGAUUGGCCUGUCGAUGGCUUGCACUCCAUAAUCACGGCACAGAAGGCUACAGUCUACGGCAACACUGUUCACUCCCUCAACAUAACCUUGGGCAAUGUAAGCAGAGAUGACAACAACUUCCUGCUAAUAUGCACUGCGACCAACAUAGUGGGCAUGACCAAUGCUUCAGUUCAGCUAACUGUUCACUUUCCUCCCACCAUUGUUAGGCUGAAGGAGCCAGAACGCCGCCAUGACACGUGCAUUGAAUUUACCGUUCGUGGUUCACCUCACCCAGCCUUAAGAUGGUUCUACAAAGAUAAGGAAAUUUCUCACACUGAGUAUGUGCGUCCUGACAUGGCUAUUUACCAGGACUACAUAGAGGGCUGCCUAACCUUUAAAAACCCAACACACCACAAUAAUGGCAACUAUACCUUGGAGGCCUCAAACUUCCUGGGUGUAGCAACCAGUACUGUGUAUGGGCACUUCCUGGACAAGCCUUUUGAUGGUUCAGAACCUGAUUAUGAUUAUGUAACUCCAACUGCAGAGACUCACAAACCCGAGGACGAUACUUUUGGGGUACCCAUAGCUGUAGGCCUGGCAGGGUUUGCCUGUAUGGUGCUGGUGGUUCUCUUUCUUCUCAUCAAUAAGUAUGGUGGACGAUCCAAGUUUGGCAUGAAAGGUCCAGUAGCAGUGAUAAGUGGUGAGGAAGACUCUACCAGCCCCCUUCAUCAUGUUAACCAUGGGAUCAUUAGCCCCUGUACUCUGGAUGCUGGGCCAGCUGCGGUGGUGAUUGGAAUGACUAGAAUUCCUGUAAUAGAGAACCCACAGUACUUCAGACAUGGCCACAACUGCAACAAACCUACCACCUAUGUUCAGCAUAUUAAACGGCGGGACAUUAUUCUGAAAAGGGAGCUUGGGGAGGGAGCCUUUGGGAAGGUAUUCCUGGCUGAGUGUUACAACCUGAGUCCCACCAAGGACAAGAUGCUGGUAGCUGUAAAGACUCUGAAGGAUCCCACGCUUGCAGCCAGAAAGGAUUUCCAGCGUGAGGCUGAGCUCCUGACCAACCUUCAGCACGAGCACAUAGUGAAGUUCUAUGGAGUAUGUGUGGAUGGAGACCCUCUCAUCAUGGUCUUUGAGUACAUGAAGCAUGGCGAUCUCAAUAAGUUUCUCAGAGCCCAUGGGCCAGAUGCCAUGAUCCUGGUGGACGGACAGCCUUUACAGACCAAUGGUGAACUGGGUCUGUCCCAGAUGCUUCAUAUAGCAAGCCAAAUUGCAGGUGGGAUGAUCUACUUGGCAUCUCAGCACUUUGUGCAUCGUGAUCUGGCAACCAGGAACUGCUUGGUGGGGAAUGGUCUUCUGGUUAAAAUAGGAGAUUUCGGCAUGUCCAGAGACAUUUACAGCACAGAUUAUUACAGGGUGGGAGGUCACACCAUGCUGCCUAUCCGCUGGAUGCCCCCAGAGAGCAUCAUGUACAGGAAGUUCACCACAGAAAGUGAUGUGUGGAGCUUUGGAGUCAUUUUGUGGGAGAUCUUUACUUAUGGAAAACAGCCAUGGUUCCAGCUCGCCAAUAAUGAGGUGAUCGAGUGUAUUACUCAGGGCAGGGUACUGGAACGCCCGAGGCUCUGUCCCAAGGAAGUCUACGAUAUUAUGCUUGGCUGCUGGCAGAGGGAACCGCAACAACGUCUCAACAUUAAGGACAUCCAGAAGAUGCUGUUUACGUUGAUGAAAGCCACACCAGUCUAUCUGGAUAUACUGGGAUAACAAGAGAUGCAGCGGGACAGUAAUGGGAUAUAUUUUAAG